CCUCACAUUAACACAGAGGGACUCGCAAUGUUGAGCUGGCGAUAAGACUCCGUGUGGACUCCAGCUUUUAUUAUUAUGCUGUCCAUUCCUUCAUGAAUGUUUAUCAACCACCACAGCCAAGCAAUGAAAGGGCUUCUGAAAAGAAAGUUUGCUGAGGUGGAUGAAGAUCCCUGCUACUCCUCCUCCUCUCCUCCGUCCUCCCUCUCCUCACCUGCCUCCUCGGAGUGGGAGUCUGACGGGGAGAGCGGCUCCUCCGUCAGCCACGAUUUCACCCCCAGCAGCCCCGCUUCACCUGCCAGUUUACCCAUCCGUUCCAUCCUGAAGAGGCGCAAGCUGACAAGUGGACAGAGUAGCGUGCGCUUCGACUUGGUGACGGUGUUCCUGUUCCCGCGCUGCCAAGGCUUCACCAGUGUGCCCAGCCACGGAGGAGCCACCCUGGGCAUGAUGCACAAGCACAGCGCCCUCCACAGGUACACUCUGGCCGAGCAUGCACUGGAGCAACGGCGCAGGCGCAGGGAGAGGCUCCAGGAAAGACUGAGAGAGGAGAAGCUUGAGGCCUUGAAACACAAAUUGAUUGCCAGCGGUGCCAUCGACCAGGGAGAAGCCGACAGACUCACAGUGGAUCAGCUCCCAGACGGAGACGCUGACAUCCACGUCAGCGAUGCCGAGCUGGAGGAUGGGGGUUUCCUGCAGCCCUACUCCUCCAAACACAGGCAGGUGCUCCUCCAGGCCGCGGGGGUGAAGCGCAUCGACAAAGAGGAGAAGAGGCAGCUUCACGCCCUGCGUCUCUCCAGGGAAGACUGUGGCUGUGACUGCAAGGGCUUCUGUGAGCCAGAGACCUGCGCCUGCAGCCUAGCAGGCAUCAAGUGCCAGAUGGACCGCUUCAACUUCCCAUGUGGUUGCACUAAAGAUGGCUGUGGGAACACUCAGGGACGCAUCGAGUUCAACUCCAGACGUGUGCAGACCCAUUACAUCCACACUGUCAUGAGACUGGAACUGGAGAGGCGACUGCAGGACGACGCACUGAGCCAGUCGGACCAGACGGGACUCCCGGAGGACCUUCAAGACUACGAGGACCAGGGUGAAUCACCGCCAGCGCAAGAUGCCCAGGACAAGAGCUGCCCCUUUGGGUUCAGCGUGGAGGAAGACGGCCUUCCUCUCACCAUGCCCUCGACCCCGUCCUUCCAUUUUAUCCCCGAGCGGCCUGUGGUGGAGGAGAACAGCUGCAGCAGCGACAUGACCGACUCCUCCUCCUGCUCCUCUGCACACAGCGAGGACUCGGACGCCGCGGGAUGCCCUGUGGGGAGCCAGGAUUCACCCGAGGUGGAUGACGGAGGGCUGGCCCGCGUCCUCAGCAUCUGCGACUCUGAAAACGACGACUACUCUUUGUGUGGCCCGCUGAGACACACCAGGCAGCCCGGGACUCAGCACGGCAGCAGCUCUGGCACUGACACCACUGGAUCCGGCACCGCAGACACAUUCACAGACAGCAUGGGCAGGACCUCGGUGGCAGAUUAUCUUGAUGAAAACGCCAACCAAGCCACUGACUUCUUUGGUGAGAACUCCCUCGAGGGCUUCCCCAACACUCCCUCUCCCACUGUGGACUACUCCUCAGGCAGAUACAUGGACCUCAGCCUCUCCUCCGACUCCGACCUGGAGUUCUUCGACAGCGACUACACCUCCGGCCCGCUGCACAACUCCUUCAAAGCGCACCGCCACCUGGACAACUUCCGCCACCUGCAGCUGUUCAGCUCCGCGAGUCUCCCGCAGUACAACGAGUCAAGCACCUACCUCCUGGAGUCUCUGAUUGGCUUGUCUGAACCAAGCCCAGAGCAGGCUCAUCCAAUCACAGAUAACCAGCUCUUAUAGGUGAAUCGAUGAGGUCUUGUGAGAGGAUGAGAAACUCUCGAGAGCGCACUGUUUUUUGUAUAUUUGUAAGGAUAUUUCAAUGUACAGAGAAUGUUUGAUAAAAUAUUUUUUCCCCAGCUGGAUAUUUUAUAUUGCAUAUAAAAAUCUGCCUUUGUUGCAGAGAAAACACACUUGAGUCAUCUUAACUUAUGUCUUGUCAUUUUAACUUUGAUCCAUCUAUAUGUGAUGAUCUCUGGCGUGUUAUUUAAUUUCUUCAUGUUUAACAGUAUCAUAUUUCUGUAACAGAGUAAUAAAAUAAAAACCUUUUUAUUUAUUUAUUCACUGGUUUAAAACUUGUCCAGUGUGUGGUCAUUUCCUGUUGACCACCAUUGGUUCUCAGGAUGUAUUUGAAGAAACAAAGACUUGGGGCGAGCAUAAAGGUAUAAUGUCACCGUUUUUUAAAUUAAUUUUUCACAAUGUUGUCCCCUCGUAGCGAGGGAGGCAAACAUAUUGUUCUAUGGUGGUAAUGCAACUUGCAGAAUUUACUUUCUCAUGUUUUCCUGUGACAUGUUUCUGGUAUUUUCUGGUAGGUAAAAUUUCUGUAAUACUAAAAAAUCAUCCUCAUCAGUGAUGACUGCAGUCCAUUUUCUGAUUCCACUGUUUGCUGAGAUGUUGCCCCGUGUCUGUCCAACUUCCAAACACAAAGUAGCCUCAACAAUCUGCAACCACACAAGCUGAAUAAUUGUAAUUAUAAAAAAAAUAUAUUAUUUUUUAAAAAGAGAUUGUAUUAAUAUAAAUGAAAACUUCUUGCAAUACCUUGAAGCUUCCCUCUGGACUGUGUACAGGGUUCGGUUUAAUUUGUUGUGCCUGUGUUAGACACCUUAAACAUCAUCUCAGGAUAAUGGGCAUGGUGAAUAUUUUAUGAUUUUGCAAACUGCUGCAUCACAAGAAUGGUUUAUCGUCUGCAUUAUUAAGCAUAAGCGGUGAAAAAAAAAGGGUAAUGAUUUGAUUAUGAGGAUUCUGGUUGUUUUUGUGCCCUGUUACUGUAUGUGGUAAGCAUGGCAUCUGUCUGUGUGUGCAGGCAGGUGGGAGUUAAAGCAACACCUGUCAGAUGCUUCAUACUUACACAGCUAGCCCCUGUUGGUUUUGCAGAACUUUGUUGUAUACAUUCCCAUAUUAGUGAGGAAAAUUGGAUUUUCUUGAAACUGCACCUCCUUAACGAGUGCAUUAAUUGGGUUCAUUAUCGACCUCAUUCGCAUAAUUGGUUAUGUUUGUUGAUUGUGACAGGACUUUAGGUAGCUCAAGUGCCUCUUGUUAAAUAAUCUGAGGGUGUUUUUUUUUUGUUUUUUUUUUUUGCAUUAUUACAGGUUUUUCUUUUUUAAAUCCUAUUUUUUAUGUGCAAAUAAAUGAAAUUAUUUCUAGUAAAAUGCCAAAAGACCCAUUGAUGUGACCGGUUGAAUCCAUCAGAGCUUCAUUUUUUGCCCUUUAAUCUUUCAGCCUAGUUUCUGUGGCCUGUUUCUUUUCUUUUGUGUGGUGAUGCCUUCAAUGACUGUGGGAUGUUUAGCUCUUACAAGUGGAGCGCACCUGAAGAAAAUGCCGAAUGCGACCGAGAAACGCUCUUGAUGGUUAAUGAUAAGAGGCUGAUAGGAGGUGCGGAUUUUAUAUGACAUCUGAGUGUGUGUGUGUUGCAGACACCUGAAGGUAAUGUGAUGUCUUUGACUGUCUGCUCGGAGCUUUUUUUUUUUCCUUUUGGCUUUCUGUAAUCACUCGUAAUACCGUUGGAUGGUUCCAAUUUUCGUUGAUUUUAAUAAAGUAAUAGUUUUAAUAAAGUCAUUUAAACAUCA